AGUUCUCGGCUUUGCGAGUGUGUCCGGUGUUGUCGUUAGAUCUGGUCCGACGCGGCAUGGCGGAGCCGAUGGAAAUCCAGGACUUCCACAUGUUGAGGUGCAACUGGGUGUGCAAAGAUGCCCAGUCAGGGUGCAAGAACGCGACCCAUGCGGUCUGCUGGAUCACCUCGUGCCAGCACGUUCUGUGUGACGAGCACGCCAGGAAGGCCUUCGGCCAUGGGAAUUCCUGCCCGGUGUGCGGCUUCAGAGACGCAAGGGUCAUCAAAGCGAACCUGUCUAGCGAGGGCCGGGCACAAGCCAGAAAGGGCAUCGUGCCAGGGCUGGCACCCUCUGAGAUCAUGGACUCUGCCGCGCUGAAUGUGGAAUUUUGGAUUCGGCAGAAAGCCUUGACUUCUAUUCAGUGCAAGCAGCGGUGCCUGCAGCUGGAGGAGCGCGCGGGUACCAUGGCUCAAGCGGCGGAGGAGCAAAUCCAGGCAGCGCAUGUGAAGUCCAAGCGUCUGGAGGAGGAGCAGGUGGACCUGCAGAAGAGGCUAGACACUUUGGAGGCUGAGCGGGGGAAGGUCAACCAUCGGAUCUCAGGGCUGAGGAAGGAGAUUUCUGAUGCAGAGAUGCGGUAUGAGAGGGUGCGCAGCCAAGUGGGGGGUAUGGAGGACGUGCUCUCCCGCCAGCAUUCCCCAAGCCGCCUCCAUUCGCAGCCCCUUUUCAACUUCCAGGGCGCCCGCCGGGGCGUCUCUGCCUCGCCCCGGCGGGAGGGCCGGGCCCACUGGUUUGCACCUGAGGCCUCCAGCCCCAGCCGGGAUGUGCGCGACCUGGAUCGCCUCGAGCGCCACCACAUCGACCGCUUGGACCGGAUCGGCCGGGAUGGCGGGGAUGGCCAGGAUGGCCCUGGCAACCUCGGCAUCGACCUCGGCUCCCGGAGCCCGGGCCCCCGGGCCGAUCGUGCUCGCGGCCUUCGCUCGACAGCGCCCGCCUUUGCCGGGGGUUGGCUGGGUUCAGCUCGGAUGACCAGGCGGCGCAUCACCUGAGCAGAUGCAGCACAUGUGAUUGCGAUCUCGGGGAUGCCAUGGGUACUGAGCACCCAACGCGCAGCUCUGUGCUGUGGCGUCCGGAUGUAUCGAAUUCAGAUGCAGCGAAGGGGGC